AUGGCCCAGCAUGAGAAUGUGCCCAGGCGCAACGAUGCCAUAUACGAUAUCAUGCCUAAGGAAGAUCAUAUAGUCAAGAUUGAGUUCCUCGAGAUUGCGCCGACGCCCAUUAUCGUCGACCGUAUCUUCUUUAUCUACCUGCGCGGUUAUCUGCCUGAAUCCAUAAAGAAAGAGCUGGCACUUCUAGGCGAUAGCCCUGUUAAUGCAACCCUCCUAGUGAGCUCCUCUGCCGUCUACACGGAUGGUAGUCACGAAAAGGAGGGCCCCAUUACAUGGCCGCUGAGGACUGCGCCUUUCAAUGAUUUGGCUCACCUUGUUAUCCGAGAUGCCCGUGGCAUUCAAGUUGGCUACUUGCCUAGUAGCGACCGCACGAAUGAGGAUAUAGGAUCAACAGAUUUGGAGACCAGCAAACUAGCUCCUGGAUAA